AUGGGUCAGACGCCCAGCCAGUCCAGUGCAGAGGCCGUGGAGCACUCACAGGCGAAUGCCCGCGAGACCAGCCUCCAACCAGGAGGUGUGCAGUCGGGGCUCUACAGCUUUCUACUGGGCUGCACGACUCCCUGCUCCGAUGGCGGCUUCGGUGAGAGCACCGGUUCGCUUGCAAAGGUGGUGCAGCAUUGCUGCAUCGCGUCGGAGAGGGAGGGCGUGCUGGAGCUCGUGGAGCAGCACCGCGUGAUCGGGGACGCAGUGACCCUGAUCGAAGACAACGCCUGGUCUUCCCCCUUGUCUGCCGAGAUCCUCGGAGGUUGCCGGCGGAAGCUGCUAAGUCGGCCCCAGAGCGACCGGAGGUUCGAGGAGUUCUACAAGCUCGCCCAGCAGAUAGGCGAGGGAUCCUUUGGCAACGUCUACAAGGCUUCCUCGAAAUCCAAAGGGGAGGCCAAGGCCCGGACCGUGGCAGUCAAGGUAUUCUCCCUGGCGUCGCCCAUUGCUUCCCCGCAGGCCAAGGUCGAAAGCGAGGAGAGCAAGCGGAAGUUCUCGAGCUUCGUCGGCGAAUACGCGAUGUUGUGCCGCCUGGACCACCCUCAGAUCAUCAGGAUGCACGAGAGCUUUCAAACCAAUGCCGACUUGCAUCUCGUGCUGGAGAUGUGUCGGGGUGGGGAGCUCUACGCCCUCUUGGUGCGGCGCAUCAAGGAGGACAGCAACCAUGGAAGCCAUGGCCUCUUAGAGGAGGAUGUCCGCAUCUUCUUGAGGCAGAUGCUGCUGGCGGUGGCUUACCUUCACAAUCGCCGGAUCGUGCACCGAGACAUCAAGCCCGAGAACUUCCUCGUCUACGGCGCCCCUGGGGAGCCUGAGGCCGACGUCCUUAAGCUCUGCGACUUCGGCACUGCCAUGGUGCUCACGGAUCAGAAGCCCAGGUCCAUGGUGAACAUUGGCACCCUUUCCUACACCGCUCCAGAGGUGUACAUGCGCAAGGGCGCAGACCUUCCAGCCGAUGCCUGGUCUCUGGGCGUCGUUCUCUAUGUCAUGCUGACGGGCACGAACCCUUUCAGGGUUGGCAAAGAGACCUCGAAGCAGGACACGGUCAAGAAAAUCAAAGCCGGUUCGUUUGCAACGCAGCGACCAGGCUGGCAAAAAGUCUCCGAAAACGGGCAGGACUUGGUGAGGAAGCUGCUGGUUCUUGGAGAAGACCAGCGUCUGACCUGCGUGCAGGCUUUGAAGCACGAGUGGCUACUUGCAGCCCGGAGGAUUUGCAUUGUGCCAGAGGAGGAGGAGCCGGAGACACUGGCUGUGACCGUCGUGCGCCUGCUACGGCAGAUGCGGGAACUCCGCGAUGCUCAGAGGUAUGCACUGCUGGCCUGUGCCGUGGGCGCCACGGAGGCAGAUCUUCCACAGCCGUCGGCGUGGCGCGCCUUGUUUCUGGCACUGGACCAGGAUGCAGAUGGACUUCUCAGUAUGGAGGAAGUUACUUCUGGCCUCCGAAAACUCGCGGGUGUGCCGCGGGCAGAGGUGUCGGACGAUGUGCUGAGUGCAGCAGCCAAGGCUGCCGACAUGGAUGGAAGUGGGGCCAUUGACUGGGCCGAGUGGCUGGCUGUCGGUCUGCUCAGCGCCAAACCUUCCGAGGCGGAUCUGCUGGUGGAGGUGGCGCACAGGCUUCUAAGCAGGCUCUGGAGUGACGGCAGCCAGAACGAGGUGGUGCUCGCGAUCUGGAAGUUUGCCCGGGAGCUAGGCCCACAUACAGACAAGGAAGCAGGCAAAGUACCGCUUUCCGUCGAUGACCUGCGGCUGGUCCUGGCGAGCUGCCAGGCACAGCCAUAA